AUGGAUCAGUCAUUAUCUCUCAUUUCAGCCACGGUUCAAAUCACAGAUACGGGCCUGGCCUUGGUACAUAUCCCCUUGGACUUGUAUCCAUUCUUUGUCCAACCGCUUCUUCGACUUCUCUACUGUGAUAUACCUGCCAUCAAUGAGGCCUCAAGGGAAGAAAGAGAGGAUGCGGAACGCGCCAGUCUAACUCCAUUCAAUCUCGGCUUCAUUAACUUCUCCGUGACCCCAGUCGAAUGUUCCGUGGUAUGCUCCCGGCAACUGGCAGAGCGCUUUUUCAUGCCGCUAGCAUCCAGGUUCAACACAUUGGCCACUUCAGGCCAGAAAGUAUGGAUCAGCGAUGAUGAUUUCAUCGCUAUGCAGGUUGAGGGUCAAGGUUUGGACGCUGGACGUCGAGUUCUCGAGCUGACUGGCCCUCUUGCCUUGGCUGGAAUAUCUAUUUUCUUCAUUUCCACCUAUUUUUCCGACUACAUCCUGGUCCCUGACAGGUCGAAAGAUCAGGUUAUUCGUACCUUAUCUAGUCAAGGGUUUACAUUCGAGACCGACUCCGAUCAAUUUAUCAACAAUAUCCAAUCGCCUUCUAUGCCAACCCUUCAAUCGUCAAUACAUAUCUCACCUCCAUCUACCCCACCACCGGCCACAGUGAAUGAGCUCCAAACUCGCACCUUUGACUUUCUACGCAAGAAUCACAUCAUUCCUCGCGUUGAUCAAACGGUCCGUUUAGUACAAUGUUCUGCCCAUCACCGCGAUGGUGCCACCGAGUCCUCAGCGGCCAUUCUGCGCAAUGCACUUACCACUGCCCUCUUGGUCGAUCAUCCACGGUUUUUGUCUCUGACAUUGACACCAGCUGAUCCAGCGGCAUCGCUGCUGCUAGAAAAACGCUUACUGCCACGCUUCACGCUGGAUCCCAGCAUGCAAUCGGAUGACGAGGAGAGCAGCAUCCUCCUAGGAUCGAAAGAAGACAUUCUGAUCCCUAUCACACUUGAUCUCCGUGACGUCCCUAUUGACGCAACCGGAAUUGUCUGCGGUGUGGCCGGUCGCUUGGCCGACGCUACGGGGCAACACCGGGACACUUUCCUCAGCGCAGCUUACUCUACUGGCAGUUCGCCUGCUGACGAAUCCAAACGGUUCUCUUUUGGGUCGGCAAAUAUUGAUGACCUCCAGCUAUCAGACAGCAUCAGUAGCCUUGCCCCAAGUACCUCUUCUUCCGCCAACAAACAUGUCCCAGAAGUCGUCUCUGGCAUCCUUCCACCAGCUCCCGAAUAUUAUAAUACGAUUCACAAGGACACAGUCGCAUAUGAUCGAAGCCAAUCCACAACAAUCCCACAUCACCACCUUGAGCCGGAGCAAUACGGCGAUGCUGUCGAGAUUAGUUUCCUAAGCACUGCCCGUGCUGGUACCGUCCUGGUCUGGGAGCGUGAGAUCAACUUGGCCGUCGAAGCUCUCGACGCAGAGAAACACCAAUCCGAAUCUGUUGAUGCGGAGUAA